AUGCAGACCGCUGACAGAAAGGAUGCCCCCAAGCUGCAAUCAAAGUACGAGACCUACACUCCUCUACUAGAAACAAGGAGCCGAAUCUUUUCCCUAAACCGAGCGGACGCCGGAUGGGAAAAACCCCGAAGGAUGAUCGCUCCCAAGAGAAACCCAAACAAAUGGUGUGAUUUUCACGACGACCAUGGACACUUGACAGAAGAGUGCAUCCAGCUGAAAGACAAUAUAGAAGACCUCAUCCGACAAGGAUACCUGGCCAAGUAUCUCGCAGACCAUAGAGAGGAGAAGAAAACCAAAGAAACCCCCAAGGCGAGACCACAAAUCCAAACCAAAAGCAACUACAGGCAGUAUUCAGAUGGGAAAGGACCAGCCGUCUUCUUAAUCCAUGGAGGAACAAAAUCGACCCAUCAGUGCAAAACACACCUUCGAACGCUGAGACAUCAAGUCAACUUCAGCGUCGUCGCAGACACCCUCCCAGAGAUUCCGACUAUGAUUUUUUCAGCCGAGGAUUGUGUAGGGGUGACCUAUGACCACGAAGACGUACUUGUGGUGUCCAUAGACAUAGCCAACCAUACCGUUCACAGGGUUCUGGUCGAAGGAGGAAGUUCGGCCAAUAUCCUUUUCAGAGGCGCUUUUGACAAACUUAAACUUGACCCCAGGCAGCUAGCCAAAGUCAACUUCCCAGUGAUCGGUUUCAAUGGGUCAUCCGUCGUCCCUGACGGAAAGAUAACUCUUCCCGUAACCAAUGGAAGACGACAGACAGCAAGAAAUAACUUGACUGAGUUCCUAGUAUUUGACGUUCCGACAGUCUACAACGUCAUAGUGGGAAGACCACUGAUCCACAAGGUCAAAGGCAUAACAUCAACCUAUUACCAGAUGAUGCUAUACGUGUCAGACAUCAGAGUUCCCAAGAAACUACGAGGCAAUCAAGCGUCGGCCCGCCAAUGCAAUUAUAACGCAGUCAAAACCCGAAACCAUCAAGGAGACGACCCGGAGGACGAUCCCGCAGAAGACGAAAAUGAGCAAGAUCUCAAAAAAGAGCCAGAUGGUACCAAAAGAAAGUCAGCAUAG